CCUCAAGAGGCGCCUGUUGGUGUAUGUGGGUGUUUUUGUAUUAGUGUAUCCAAUCAUUGGCAUGUGUGCAAGGCGGAGGAAGCUUACCUGACGGCGUCCAACACGCAGUAAACCGCGCUAGACCUCGAACCUGCUCGUGCUACAGUUAUGUGUUAUCAUCAGCUACUGUGCUAUUCCCAUCAAUUCCAUUCCGUUAUGUGAAAUAACGUCACAUCACUCCAAAUGGAGUCUGGAUAGCCUUUAAAACCAUUUUUUUAUCAAAUUGGAUUAACUGGAUUACUUUAGGCAUUCGGAUAAGUUUCAUUUUCACUUGAAGUGAGAAAAUAGUGGAAAAAUCAUUUCUUAUCUUCUCUUCGUACUCAUUCAAGUGUUCCUCAUCAUCACCUUGAUGGUUUUGUUAAAAAAACGUGGAAUUUUGUGACUUGUGUGAAGGAUAAGAGAUAAGUCUGGAGAUGCAAGGCUGGAGAGAGAACUAAAGUGCUCCAGAAUCCAAAGAAACAACUUAAGAUGCCGACUGAUUUAGUGGUAACGUCUACUGCUACUGAAGAGACACGGUCCCGUGAUUUGUUGAUCUCAUCACGAACUUCAGGACCAACGUCUUCAGGUUCUUCUAGCAGUAGCGGGCUUUCCUCUUCAAGAUCUUUUGACCCAUCGAGUUUAGCGUAUCAUCAUCAUCACCAUGGCUUCGUUGCAAGUCUCGGUCACCCUCAUCAUCGAGAAUCAUCAGCCUUUGUUCCUGUGGUUCCUUCAAGACUUCACCUGGCUCCAUAUCCUGGAGAAAUGCAUCCUCAUCUUUCUGGACCACCGCCUCCAUCUUCUUCAUCAUCGACCAAUCAAGAUCACGAAGGUAGUGAAUCUUCAGCAAGAAGCAAGUCUUCUUACGAGAUAAUGGCAAUGAUGGCUGAUAAGAGGAAAGAAUUGGCAGCGGCAAGAGCUCUUCUUUUACCCCCGCCUCCUCUAUUAGAACCUCCAGCGGGAUAUCCUAUUUUUACUGGACCUUUCCAGGGAGGAUCAGCGAUGUAUCCUCCUGGAGGACCAUUGGCACACCAACAUCUUGACAGAAGACUACUUAGAGCUCCCGGCAGAGCAUCCAGGCCUAAAAAACAGUUUAUUUGUAAAUUUUGUAAUCGACAAUUUACAAAGAGUUAUAAUUUACUAAUUCAUGAGAGAACUCAUACUGAUGAAAGACCAUAUUCUUGUGAUAUUUGUGGAAAGGCCUUUAGAAGACAGGAUCAUUUACGAGACCAUCGGUAUAUUCAUAGCAAAGAAAAGCCGUUCAAGUGUGGCGAAUGUGGGAAAGGUUUCUGUCAGAGUCGAACUUUAGCCGUUCACAAAAUUUUACAUAUGGAAGAAUCGCCACACAAAUGUCCUGUAUGUGCUCGCAGCUUUAAUCAACGAAGCAAUUUAAAAACUCAUCUAUUAACGCACACAGACCAUAAGCCAUAUGAAUGUACAUCAUGUGGAAAAGUUUUCCGUAGAAACUGCGAUUUAAGAAGACAUGCAUUGACUCAUGCAGUUGGAGAUGUACCUCCAGAAGCAUUAGAAGAGGCUUUAAGAGAUGAUGAUAGCCCUGAAGAAGACUGUGGACCAGAACCCGGGCCAUCAACGUCAUCUUUAACACCUUCAUCAAUAUCAGGUACUUCUGGAUCAUCAGUAUCAAUAUCAAGUUCAUCGGGUCCUUCAGGGUCAUAUUCUUCAGUAAGUCAACAAAGCUUACCUUCAAAACCACAACUCCAAAUUCGUCGAGAUCUUCUUCAAGUAAAGCCAUCAACAAUAACGAGCCAAAAUCCACCGCCGCCACAUCUUCCACCACCUCCGCCAAUAUUGACGUCAUACAGACGGCGACUAGGUUCUCCUGGACCUUCCAGAGUUUUUUUGGAAUUGCAAGAAAGAGAAAGAGAAAGGGAAAAAGAAUUGCAAAGACAACAAGAACAAGAAAGACAACGAGAAGAGAAACAAAGAGAAGAAGAAGAGUCUAGACCUUCUAGAGCUCCAACUCCUCAACCUCCGCCACCUCCACGGCCUACCCCUACAAGGCAAGGAUUCACUAUUGCCGAUAUAAUGCGUCGAUAAAUGCCAUUAAUUAUAGAAAAAAAAAUUAUUUUUCAAGUAUUAUGAACCAUUGGAGAAUUUUUUAAAUACUUCGAUAGAACUUAUAAAGAAGAGUUUAUCGAAGAUACAUAAAUUUUCAAGAUGUUAAGAUUGAGGGAAACAAUGGGUUUUGGUUUGAAAAAGCAAAACGAUUGCAUCAAGAUAUUGAAAAAGGUUGGAAAAUAUUCAUGGGAGUUGAUUUUCUAGUAUAUUAUUUUUAUUUGUGAUGAAUAUUCCAAGCCAUAUACCGUACUAAUGGAUUGAAAUCAUUGAUUUUAGUUCUCUACUAUGACAAAUGCAGUUAAUGCAUUUUUGAUUAAGUAACAUUUUUUAUUCAACAUAAAGUACCUUCUUUCUAUUAUAAUGUACUUUUUUGAUCAUUUUCAAACCAGAAUAUCAUUUGUACCCUUUCUCACAAUGUUUAACGGCAUCAUAAUGACUUGAAAAAAGAAAUUCUCUGCUUCUGUGUCAUCAAUCAUAAUUCUUGACUGUCGAAAGUCAUCUAUUAUCAAAAAAAAAAAA